AUGUUGAACCCAAGGACCCACCUACAGCCCUAUUUAGGCAACUCGUUAACCAUACGACAAGAAAUCCAGAGGUUUGAAAGUGUACAUCCGAGCAUCUAUGCGAUUUAUGAUUUGAUCGAAGCAAUUCCAGACCCCCUCAUUCAACAACAAAUACGGGAACAUGUCGUCUGCAUCGAGGAUUCCUUUGUAAACAGUCAAGAAUGGACACUGGCCAGAUCAGUCCCAGACCUGAAACUGGGCAUCCUCGGCUCAGUGAACAGUGGCAAGUCUGCGCUGGUUCAUCGCUAUCUUACCGGCUCCUACAUGCAGGAGGAAUCACCUGAAGGUGGAAGAUUCAAAAAGGAAGUAGUGAUUGAUGGUCAGAGCCACCUAUUGUUGAUAAGAGAUGAAGGUGGUGGACCAGAAAUGCAGUUUGUCCAGUGGUGUGAUGCAGUGAUCUUCGUAUUCAGCUUGGAGAAUGAGAUGAGCUUUAACACCAUCUAUAGUUAUUAUGCCAAAAUGGCCCAUUACAGAAACACAGCUGAAAUCCCUAUUAUCCUGGUAGCAACUCAAGAUGCAAUAAGUGAGAGUAACCCCAGGGUUAUAGAUGACACCAGGGCCCGUAAGCUUGCCUCCGACCUGAAGAGAUGCUCCUAUUAUGAGACAUGUGCCACAUACGGACUUAACGUGGAAAGAGUAUUCCAAGAUGCGUGCCAAAAGAUUGUUCAAACUCGUUACGCAACACCUACGCCUACAAACUCACGUCCCAGUACCCCAAACUAUCCUAGUCAUGCCGCACCACAGAGAGCGCUUUAUGCCCCACCCCCACCGCGGGAAAAACCAUUUGAUACUCAUAGCACAAGCAGUCAGUCGACCUCUGGGUCAGGCACAUUGCCUCACUCACAUUCUAAUCAGAACCAGAAUCAGGGUCAGUAUAAAGAUAACCCACCCACCACUCCACGGGAAAGGGACAGCAGGGAGCGUAAAAAGGAUAAAAAGCAACGUGAAAAAGAGGCUGAAAAGGAGCGGGAACGAGAGAGGCGUGAGCAGGAAAAAGCUGCUUAUCUUAGUCAGCGUCAAGCGCAACAAGAAAUGGCACAACAGCAACAGCUGCAACAACAGCUGCAGUCGCUGCAUAAUCAACAGCAGAUGCAACAUCAGCAACAGUUUCAGCAAUCGCUACAACAACAGUUAGAACAACAAUUACAAAUGACUGAUAAACCAGAAUCCCCUCAGGAGGUCAUGGUGACUUAUAGGGAACCCCCAUCCCCUUUAUUAACACCCAGGGCCAGUAGAAAAAACAAAAAGACAUAUAAUGUGCAGAAGUCUAACUCUUUUAGUGGCUCUAUAACAGGGGAACGACCCACCUUAGCCAACCCAAGUGUUACACCCAUUCUUCCCAGAAAAGAGAAAAACCGAUCCCAUAUUUUCACUGAUCUCCGAGAGCUCCCAAGCCCCCGUCUCACACCAAAACUUCGGCGAAAAAAGAAAAACAAAUCCCCCGAUAUUUCUGAAGAGCUUGCCAGUCCGACAAGCACACCGUUGCUUAGUAGGAAGAGCAAAACACCAAGUUAUAUCAAUAAAAAAGAUGAGAAGGAUGGAAAAGGUGAAAAGAAAGGAGACAAGAAGAAUGGGGUUGACAGUAGCCUUGGCAGUGGCCGAGUCAUACCUAUUAGACAGGGAUAUUUAUACAAAAAGAGCAGCAAGGGUCUCACGAAAGAAUGGAAGAAAAAAUAUGUGGCACUUGGAGACAAUGGCAAACUCACAUACCAUCCAAGUUUACACGAUUACAUGGAUGAUGUACAUGGUAAAGAGAUUGCGCUAUCACACACAACUGUAAAAAUCCCUGGCCAAGCUCCCAAAGGCAGCCGAGGCACGGGUCCUAUAUUUGGCACUAAUGGUAUAGCUGAACUCAACAAUAUAGGUAAAGGGAAGGAAAAUGUGUUACUAACAGCUUAUGAUGACCAGAAGGAACGUCUUGGCUCUGUGUCCAGUAACUGUGAUGACGCAGUAAUCAUCCCCAACUCCUCAAUUACAUCAGGUGUGUUUAAUGGUCCCGAAUAUACAUCAGCCAAUUCAAAAAUAGAAACCCCAAAUGUCAAAAAGCGGCAUCGGCGAGCGAAAAGUAGCACCAGCAAAAAUAUAGAUAACGGAGAUGACUCUGAUGGGUAUGAGUUCCAGAUAGUGUCUCUUGAUAAUAAAACAUGGAACUUUGAGGCCCCUUCUUACGAGGAGCGUGAAGUUUGGGUGAGUGCAGUAGAGCAACAAAUCCUCUCGAGUCUCCAACUCAAUGAGAGCAGUAAGUCUAAGGCGACAACUGCGACAGACCCAGCAGCCAUACAAAGUAUACGCAGCACAAAGGGCAACAUGUAUUGUGUGGACUGUGGGGCUCCAAAUCCAGAUUGGGCCAGCCUGAACCUUGGUGCUCUCCUAUGUAUAGAAUGCUCAGGAGUACAUCGGAAUCUAGGUACACACCUGUCCCGAGUCCGAUCCCUAGAUCUUGAUGAAUGGCCGCCUGAACUAGUAGCAGUGAUGACCAACAUUGGCAAUCAUGUAGCUAACAGUGUGUGGGAGGCAAAUGCUAAAGGUCUAACAAAGCCAACACCAUCAUCAUCAAGAGAAGAAAAGGAGGCCUGGAUUAGGGCAAAGUAUGAACAGAGAGAGUUUCUACCCCCCAUGCAGCAUCUAGAGGGAAUCACUGUAGGGCAGCAACUUAUUGAUGCUGUUGCAAGGGGAGAUAUCUUUAAUAUAAUUCACAUGCUGGCAAGAUCUGAUUCUGACCAAGUAAACUCACCAUUCAGUAGCAAAGACUCCAGAACAGCCCUACAUAUAGCAGCAACCCUAGGAAACAUAGUAUUUAUUCAACUUCUAUUAUGGUAUAAUGCUGAUGUUAAUAUAACAGACUCUGAAGGUCGGUACGCAAUAUGGUACGCAAGAAAUAGUGGCUCCCAAGAAUGUAUAGAAUUCCUGAGACAAAAUGGAUGCCCUGAAAAUCCUACCCUUCCUAGAAGACGGGCGGGAUCAACUACGCCAAAUCCAAAAGACAAUUAUGAAAAGCUACCGAAUAAUGUUAUUUGAACCAUAAUAGUUGUAGGACAUUAAUUUUGUUUGUUAGGAGACAUGUAUAGGAGGACAAAUAAUAGACUGUGUUCUGUUUGGUCACAUGUCAUACAAAUAAUAGACUGUGUUCUGUUUGGUCACAUGUCAUAUGUAUUAACACAUGUACAUGUAGGAGGCUGUUUUGUUGGUUUUUUACAUGUACAAUAUUUAGGUGCAAUAACAUACGAGAAAGUAAUUACAAUCUUGAUCCAGGAGACUCUUUCUGAAAAAAUCAUGUACUACGAUUUACAUUCUUCAUGUCAUUACUUUUUGGCAUUGUUAAAUUGUCAUGGCCACCGUUUUUUAUCAAUUUAUUCGGCAUUUUGGUUAAGUAACAUAUUGUUACACUUGACUUGUAACGAUCUACAAUAACUAACUAGGUGGUGACAUCUAUUUUGACAUGUUUACCAUGAAUAAUAUUGGCAUGGUUACAUUGUGAAAAUGAAAGUCGAUGCAUUUAGAUCAGGAAUCGUAAUUCAAGAUAUUUUGAGAAAGGCCUCCUACAGCCUAGGGCAAUCAUUGUAGGACCAAUUAAAAGUAAGAUCUCAAAUAUUUUGGAUAGACUUCCAAUUUAAUGUUAAUAUUUUCUGGAGACAAUAAUAUAUGGGACUUUCUUAUAGGAUUAAGCAUCAUUGCGCUUACAUACAGCUGACCCAUUCCAUUAGUGUCAUAUAGUCAAACACAUGUUCUGUGUCGAAAUAUUUGUCUUGCAAUAUCCAAAUAAAUUUAGAAUACCAGUUGCAUUAUAUCAGAUCAGAUACAUAGAAAUUUAUGAAUCAUGUAUUUUUGGCUAGGCUCUCGCCUAAGAAGAUAUUGAAACAUAAAGAAGAUUUGCCUCCCAUGCCAGCAUUUUUGCCAGUUUAAUAAUUUUGCCAGAUUGAGUUGUGUUGUGAUAUUGUAGAAGUGUGUUGUAGGGAAGCACGUCUCUGAUAACUGAAUUAGACUUAACCCACAAAGUUCCAUGCUUUAUAUAAGUGAACUUCAGAUGUUUUUUCUAUUUAUUUUUCACUUUAUUUAAUAUGCUGAUACAUGACAUCAUUUUCACUGUAAUAAUCUCUUAAUGAAAUGUGUAAAUCCCUGUGUUUGUUUCAAAGGUAGGGACAUUUUUGAGAAAAUUGGAAUCAAUUAAAUUGCAUGAAUUAUUAUAAUGAAAAUUAAACUAAAUUAAAUGAAAUUUGAAAAUACAAAAUCUGAAUUCCAUUCAUAAAUUGUCAAACUGAGAUUUUAAGUGCAAUGCAUAACAGUCUACAGAUCUAGUGCAUGACUCCAUGAAAUACCUCAGCAAGAUAGGUGCCUAAGUGGAGAUUUGGAGUGUUCUUGGAGUUGUGUCCUAGACUAUAUUCAGUCUUCUGUAGUCUGGACUGUAUGACAAUAUGUGUUACAAAUGAGGUAACAUCACAAUGUGCCAAUUAAAUUGUUGCAUAAUGCCAGAAUAAUUUGCAAAACUAAUCUUAAUAUUAUCAAUUUAAGGUACAUAAUGUCGAUUGAGUAUUCCUGUUUAUGAGGUCAGAUUUAUAAAUGAUUGCUUGCAUUCAAAGGAUGUCAAGCUACAUCCACCUUAAUAUGACAUCUAGCUGUAGAACUAACAUGACAUCAUUAUAUGAAUAAUCAGUUUGCCAAUUAAAAAUGAAAAGUGAACUUCAAUGUUGGAUGCCUUUUAGAUUACCAAGCAUGUUGUUUACUCAGAGAUCAUUGUUUAAAAUUGCUUGUAUGCAUUGGUAAAUGUUAUAGUUGCUUUCAACAUGUCAGUUAAGUCAAUUGUUACAUCUCUGAUACAAUAUGCAUGAUAUAAUCAGAUUACUUCCUGGCAAUAUACUCAGUGUGAAUCAUCAUGAAUGUAAAUGGGAGGAUAUGAUAUCCCUCCCCCAAAUAACAUGUAUCAUAAUUAUGUGUGUAAUAUCCCAUAAAGUGUUCCACCCAAAUCUCAUAAUUGUAGAAAUAAAUAUUGAAAGUCAUUUUCAAUUGAUGUGCAACAUUUUCAUUCUGUAAAUGUAGAUUUUAGUUUGACUUGAGACAUUGAAGUGUACAUAAUGUAGGUUGAAACGGACUUGUAAUUCCAUGUUUUUGUAUGAUAGUUGUUUUAACUGAUUUGUACAUUAUUGUAUGAAUGAAUGUAUUAUGGCACAUUUGUAUCUAUUGUAGAUAUUAAUAAUAUAAACUGUAAAAAUAACUUAUACAAUAAACAACUGAAAGAAUGAAAUAAAA